UUUACGAAUUGUGCGAGACGCGAGAGGUAGUUACUACUAGAGAUGUCAUGGAAAAUAAGGGUUUUAAGAGUUGAAUGAGAAUUAUUGUUAUAACAAUUGAUUGUAUGAAAUAAGUCAGACAAGGAGAGUGUAUAAUGUCGAAAAUAAGUGACCAUGAUUUGUAUGGCACUAAUUUCUCAAUAGAGUCUAUGAAAGUUAUAGCAGAAAGUAUAGGUAUAGGAUAUUUGGCUGAUGAUGCUGCAAAGGAGCUUGCUGAAGAUAUAUCAUUUCGAUUAAAACAUAUAAUUCAAGAUGCAGCCAAAUUCAUGAAUCAUGCUAAACGUAUAAAACUUAUGCAAAGUGAUGUAGAUGCAGCUCUAAAGGCAAAGAACAUUGAGCCUCAGUAUGGCUUCCAAUCAUCAGAACCAUUACCCUUUCGGUUUGCAUCUGGGGGAGGAAGGGAACUACAUUUCAUUGAAGAAAAAGAGGUUGACCUGAAUGAUUUACUACAAAAUACGAAUCCAAAGGCCCCACUUGAAUGUACACUGAGGUCUCAUUGGUUAUGUAUUGAUGGUGUCCAACCAACAAUCCCUGAAAAUCCACCGCCUGUAGCAAAAAAUGCCCAGAAAUUAGAGUCUGUGGAUCCAGUCAAUAAAAAGCCUGUAAAAGAAACUUCAGGCAAACCAACUACUGGUAAACAAAAAUUACGAAAUGUUGAAACGGUUCAAAUUAAGCAACUUGCCACACAUGAACUAUCUGUAGAACAACAGCUGUAUUACAAGGAAAUAACUGAGGCCUGUGUUGGCUCUGAUGAAGCUAGAAGAGCAGAAGCUCUGCAAAGUCUUGCAUCUGAUCCAGGACUCCAUGAAAUGCUACCUCGAAUGUGCACUUUUAUCAUAGAAGGUGUAAGAGUAAAUGUGGUUCAGAAUAAUUUAGCACUUUUGAUAUAUCUAAUGAGAAUGGUAAAAGCAAUAUUAGAUAAUCAAUCCUUGUAUUUGGAGAAAUAUCUUCACGAAUUGAUACCAUCAGUAACAACCUGUAUUGUAUCAAAACAACUUUGUAUGAGACCUGAAUUAGAUAAUCACUGGGCACUAAGAGAUUUUGCAUCAAGACUUAUGGCUCAAAUUUGUAAAAAUUUCAAUACAAGUACUAAUAAUAUUCAGACAAGAGUGACCAGAAUGUUUACAAAUGCCUUACAACAAGAUAAGGUACCACUAUCCUCUCUGUAUGGAGCUCUUCAAGGACUCUCAGAAUUGGGCACUGAAGUAACCAGAAUAUUUAUUCUUCCAAAAAUCAAAGCCAUAGGUGCUCGUGUUGAAUCACAUCUAGAAGGAAAUCUCAUCUCUAAUAUAGACAGGAUAGCAUCUGGCCACAUAAAACAGUUACUAGUAAAAGUGCUGGCACCAGUCUUGAAGACUAUACGGGGUCCACCUGAUAACUUGGAGGAGUAUAGGCAAGAGUACGGUUAUUUGGGAAUAGCUCUGCAUGCUGCUGUCAUUAAAGCCAGAACCCAGCCAAACCCAGUUACUACCGUUCCUUCAAGUAUGACUACUAGUCCAAUAACUUGUAGUUCAUCUAUCACAAGAACCGUUACAACACUGAGUGGUAUUAUUCAACAGCAAAACCCUACUGCUGGAAGGACAAUUGUGAUGAAUCCAACACCUAGAGUUCAAAACCCACAACAAAAUCAAAAGUUUGUGUAUGUAACUCAAAGACCUCAGAGCACAAUGGGCACUUCUCACCAGAAUCAGCAGUCUACACCUUCACAAAAUACUGUGGUCAAAUUCAUGCCAAACAACCCCAAUAGUCAACAGAAAAUUUCAACUCCGCAGAAAUUAAUGGUAGUGUCUAAUCAAUCCAAUCAGUCUAAUUUCCAAGGACAGAAUUCCGGUGGACAACCACCUGCCUUAUUAAUUUCUAAACAGAAUUAUGCUAUUCAGCAACAACACCAGCAGCAACAACACCAGCAGCAACAACACCAGCAGCAACAGCAUCAGCAGCAACAACAUCAACAACAACACCAACUUCAACCUGCUACUCUUGACGAUCUUUCCCAUUUAGUGUAAUUAUUAGCGAGUGAUAUAGAAAAUUUCGUUACUGUUUUUACAAAUAUAAAUGUUUUUCAUACUUUAUUAAAGUCUAUCGUCAAAAAGA